AUGCAGGCUAAUCGCAUAGGUUUGGUCCUAUCGACGACAACUGAGCGUCCGCCUUCAACAUCCUCAGUUCGAUUCACCACACGGCAACGUCUGCAACAAUCAGAUCCUCAACAAAUUCACCGUGAUACUAAUCAAAAUAACUCAUCAAUGCUUAACUCUCCGAAAAAAUCUAGAAGAAAUUCGUCUGUUGACGAUAUUUCAGACACAUCCAAAGCUAUGCAGAAUUUAGUCUCGCCAAAUUCAUUUCAAAAUUUAAUCCUUAGAAAAAUUCAUCGAGACGCAGUAGAAGUUAGCAUCUGCUGUAUAUUUGUGCGCGUCGGUGACAUUGAUACGUUAAAUGAACGUUACUAUGGCGAAUUUCUUCUUGAAGCGUCUUGGGAAGAGCCGUCAUUCAAAGGUUUACAAUCGCGACCGUUUGAUCCUUCGAUUCGUUGGACACCUGAACUAGAACUUAUGAAUGGUAUUGGUGAAUUGCAGGAUGAUGUAACAUACAGUGUUCAUCAUAAUAAGCAAGGCUUUGCGACCGUUACUGAACAUCACCGAUUAAAAGGUACAUUGUGGGAGCGUAUGGAGUUACAUCAUUUUCCAGUUGACGUACAAGAAUUAUCAUUAUCAAUUACCUCGUCACGUACGGAUAAAGAAGUGACUUUUAUACGUGAUUUGAGAAAACCAUCUGGCGUAAACCGACGCGUGUUUACUGAUGAACAAGAAUGGUAUCUAUUCGAAUAUGUGGAUAUUGAAGUGACACAUCAAAUUGAUGAAUACUUGGAUGACGUACAUAAUCACCCAGUUGUAAUAUGCUCCUGUUACGCAGCACGCAAAUAUGGUUACUUUAUUUGGAAUGCCUAUUUUCUUAUUUUUCUUAUAACAUCAGCCAGUUUCACGACCUUUCCCAUUCCUCUAUCAAAUAUUCAUGGUCGGAUACAAAUCGCCUGUACCUUAUUAUUAACGUCCAUCACAUUUCGUUGGCUCUGCAAUAAAGCACUACCAACAAUUUCUUACUUAACAGCUGUUGAUAUAUAUGCAAUCGGAAGUAUAUUUUCCUUGUGUCUUUUGAAUAUCUACCAUGGCGUUAUUGGGUAUAUGAAUUACUACACAUUAGGAAGUACAUAUAACACAGUUUUGAACGCGCCGCAGAUCGUUACCAUUGAUCGAUAUGCUCUCGUGGUGUUUACUUUAGUGUUUUUUAUUUAUCAAAUUGGUACACUAAUAUGGAUGUAUUUAGUUCCACUGAAAAAGCGACGAUUGAUGUUUGCCAAAGACAAGGAGAAUCGGGUACGAAUGAGGAAAAAGUUUUCUAAACAGAACCUCAAUUUUACGAAUUCAUAA